AUGUUUAAGAAUUUCAAAGAGAAACACGGCAGCAAAUUCGGCCUGGGGUCUUCAGACGACGAUGCGCCGGCUCCGGCGAGCGACCACGGUCAGGAUCUGACGACCAUCUUGGACCGAUCUCAACGCGGGGAUUUGACGAUUCUCGUUGCUUUGAUCGCCAAGGACAUGCGAAAUGCAAUUGAGCGGAAUUUCCAGACACAAGGCUUGAAUGACAAUAAUCCUCCGACCGAUCAACCCCCGCAAGGGGCAGGCAAAAAGAAAUCCACCCAACCUGCCGAUGUGCCUCGAUACGGGGAUGAAAAACCAUGGUUUGCCGAAUCUAACACCGCGGAAAACAAAGAAGCUGCCGCUAGUGCGCUUUCAUUCUUCGACGAUUGGAGGGACUCUCUGCUUCUUCGGGUGGGAGAAGUGGUCAACCAAGACUAUGAGGUUUCGGAAGAAGAGGGUGGUGCAGACUCGCAAAAUCUUGAGUCGCAGGAUGUGCCAGUCGAGAUAAACGAGCGGUCUUUGGAAAAACUACGCAAAAUCUAUCCUCCUACUGAUACCCCACUUGUCGACCUUCCCAAGGCCAAAAAGCUUCUGAUUCUCCAUUCACUUCUACUGUUGGUGCUUAGUCUCGAGCACUAUAACGGCCUAUCCCGUGUUUUGAUGCUACGCAUUGCGUCCAGCUUAGGCUUGGAUGUGAAACUUCUAAAUGACAAUGAAACCAAAGUCGCACGAGGCCUUCUAGAUAUGGCAUUGAAACAACCAUCAAACGCAGAAUCCGAAGAACAAGCCAAGAAGAACGACAUGGCAAGGAAGGUGAAGGUUGGAAUUGCCUCUGUUGCUGGUGCUGUUCUAAUUGGUGUCACCGGCGGGCUUGCCGCACCGCUUGUGGCAGCUGGAUUGGGUACCGUUAUGGGAGGUCUGGGACUUGGUGCUACUGCCGUUGCAGGAUACCUUGGUGCGCUUGCUGGUAGUGGCGUUAUUGUCGGUGGUCUUUUCGGUGCAUACGGAGGUCGGAUGACAGGGCGUAUGAUGGAUAAAUACGCACGUGAAGUGGAAGACUUUGCAUUCAUACCUCUUCGUGGUCCUCGACGGAAGUCAGAAAACGAAAAAGAAGCUGCCCAGGAAGAUCACCGUCUCCGAGUUACCAUUGGGAUCACUGGCUGGGCCGAGGAUGCUGCCGAUCUUGUUGUUCCGUGGCGAGUCGUCGGCUCCGAGUCAGAAGUGUUUGCCCUCCGUUGGGAAUUGGAGGCUUUGCUCAAGCUUGGUAACGCCAUAAGUGCAUUGGUCACCAGUGCUGCAUGGACAUUUGCCGGUCGCGAAGUUCUGUCCAAGACGAUCUUUGCGUCGAUCAUGAGCGCUGUUAUGCUGCCAAUGGGUCUUGCCAAGGUCGCGAGCGUGGCUGACAAUCCCUUCAGUGUGGCCAAGGCACGAUCAGACAAAGCCGGCGUGGUCCUUGCGGACGCAUUGAUCAACAAAGUGCAGGGUGAGCGACCCGUCAAUCUGAUCGGAUACUCGCUAGGAUCUCGUGUGAUCUUCUCCUGUCUUCAGACGCUGGCGAAGAGGCGCGCGUACGGUCUCGUGGAGUCAGUGAUUCUCAUGGGCUCGCCAACGCCAUCCGACACCGAAUAUUGGCGCCGUAUGCGCAGCGUUGUCAGCGGAAGACUAGUCAAUGUGUACUCUGAAAAUGACGGCGUGCUCGCUCUGCUCUAUCGGACCAGCAGUCUUCAGUUCGGCGUUGCGGGACUUCAGCCUGUUGAGGGUCUCUCUGGAGUUGAGAACUUGGAUGCGAGCUCAGUGAUUAGCGGCCACCUGCGUUACCAGUACCUCCUCGGUAGACUCCUCAACGUCGUUGGAUUGCAGAGCAUCGAUUUCUAUGAGGCCUCCCAAGGAGAGGCAGCAUUGGCGGCCCUGGACCAGUGGGAGGAAGAGCAGCGACGUAAAAAUAAGCGUGAAGUCGAAGCUGAGGCUGGAGAUAGGUCGGAAAAGGAGAUUUUGGAAAGUGGUGAGGGAAUGGGCAGUGAGCAGGAGCGGUUGCAGAAGCAGGUGGACCAGAAGACGCAGGAACACUUGCUUCCCCGCAAGAUGGAACAGGCUAGUACGCGUGAACGUCAGGAUACCCAUGGUAAUUAG